AAGUGACUUAAACGCGGCCGAGAUCAUUCUGGUGAAGUGAGAGAGUGCGGAUACACCGGUAGUGACCUGACGCACGCAGCUACUCACAAUCAAUGUCGCAGCGGGAUCGUGUCCCAGAUCCACGAGCCAUGAAGUCCACUAUGGCAUCAAUUAUGUCAUCUGGAAACAUAGAACGCCCAAGCACCUCGCUAACAAAUCAAUAUCCUCCCCAAAGCAUCCGUGUUGCAGCAACAUUAGAAGUGAUGCCGUAUGCCGCCUUCAUCACCAUCCACUAAUUUAUCGCGCCGUCAAGCCCACAUACCCCAUCCCCAGCUUCCAUGCGUACCG